AUGGCGUUAAGUUUAGGACAGUUCAUUAACGUGGGCGGUAUGGUGAAGGAUCUGAAAAGCUUCAAUUUUAGCGUAUAUGGUAGAUGGUUUGGAUAUAUCAACAUAAUUCUAUGUAUUGCGCUCGGCAUAGCGAAUCUAUUCCAUGUGAGCGGGGUGAUAGCGUUCGGGAUCAUCAGUAUAAUCCAGGGGCUCGUGAUUCUUUUCAUUGAAAUACCAUUUUUACUGAAAAUCUGUCCCCUUAGCGAUAAUUUCGUUGAAUUUAUCAAGAGAUUUGAAACCAAUGGAUGGAGGUGUAUUUUCUAUCUAGCGAUGGCGAUCAUCCAAUACGUGUCGAUUGCGGUGAUGGCCACGAGUUUGAUCGUGGUGGCGGUGGGGUUAACGAUAUCCUCGAUCAGCUAUGCGGUGGCAUAUACCAAGCAUCAAGAGUUCCAGAAUACGAAUAUCCUCAAGAACCCCACAGACGAUGACUUCCCUCACGAGGCUGUAGUCAGAGAGAUGUUAUAG